UUCACUCAGACGCGCGGUGUUGCUCCGAGCUUCUCAGCGAGCCCAUCAGCCCUGCAGCCAUGGUGUCUGGCUCUGGCCUUUGCGCCAAAGUUGUGGUCGUCGAUGCGCGCCACCAUAUGCUUGGGCGUUUGGCUUCCAUCCUUGCCAAGGAGCUCCUAAAUGGCCAGAAAGUCGUGGUCGUUCGAUGCGAGGAGAUCUGCCUUUCUGGUGGACUCGUCAGGCAAAAAAUGAAGUACUUGAGGUUCUUGAGGAAGAGGAUGAACACCAAGCCCAGCAAGGGCCCAAUCCACUUCCGCUCACCUGCCCGUAUUUUGUGGAGGACCAUUCGUGGAAUGAUCCCGCACAAGACAAAGAGGGGAGCUGCUGCUCUUGAGCGCUUGAAGGCAUUCGAGGGUGUCCCAGCUCCUUACGACAAAAUGAAGAGGAUGGUCAUUCCUGAUGCUCUCAAGGUGUUGAGGCUGCAACCUGGCCACAAGUUCUGUUUGUUGGGUCGCUUGUCGGAGGAGGUUGGAUGGCACCACUACGACACCAUUAAGGAGCUGGAGGAGAAGCGUAAGGCCAAGUCCAAUGUCUUCUAUGAGCGUAAGAAGCAGCUCAUUCAGCUCCGCCUCAAGGCCACGAAGCGUGUCGAGGAGCAGCUCAGUUCCCUGCAAGAGACUUUGGCACCCAUCACUUACACUUCAUAGGUCUUCACGUUGGAAGUUGUUUCUGCAUGAGGCCAUUCAUAGUACAGGAUGUAGUGCUAGUGAGAUGAAGGAGGAUGAUUCUUGACUGAUGUAAAUGUUCAAUUUAUUCCUUGCAUGGUAGUUAAGAUGAUCCUCUUGCGGUAGAGUUUUCCCAGUACCAUGGUUGUCUAUCUUCGCUCAUGUAGAAAUGAGUAUCUGGUCAUUAUGGCA